AUGGAGGGAAAGAGAUCAGACUCACCAGAACCCAGCUGUGUGUCCAUGAAGAGUGACGAGUCAAUGGGACGUCUAUUUAACUUCAGAGACAGAGACAGUUCUACUGAUGUGAGGUCACAACCACAAAAAUCAAACAUCAGCACAAAUCAGCUGGACUCUAUAUUCAAGGAGCUGGAACACAAAGUCAUCACUCUGAUAAAGAAUGAGCUGAAGAGGUUUAGGAAGCUCCUGAGUCCAGAUUACCCAGCAUGCACUGAGAGGGAGGUGGAGGAUGAGGAGGAUCUGCACAGUGUCAGAGACGGAGCGCUGAAGAUCACACUGCACGUCCUGAAGAACAUGAACCACACAGAUCUCGCUAACACACUGCACAUCAAGUCUGUAGGUUCUGUGUAUCGGCCAAUAUUGAAGUCCAAUCUGAGAGAGAAGUUUAAAAGAAUUAAUGAAGGAAUCUCACAGCAUGGAAGCUCAGCACUUCUGAAUGAGAUCUACACUGAGCUCUACAUCACAGAGGGUUGGAGUGGAGACAUCAAUAAUGAACAUGAGGUGAGACAGAUUGAGGCAGCGUCCAGGAGACCAGCAACACAGGAGAAACCCAUCAAAUGUAAUGAGAUCUUUAAAGACAAGUCCAUCAGAACUGUGCUGACUAAAGGAGUUGCUGGAAUUGGAAAAACAGUCUCUGUGCAGAAGUUCAUCCUGGACUGGGCUGAAGGAGAAGUAAAUGAGGACGUCUUCUUCAUGUUUCCACUUCCCUUUAGAGAGCUGAAUCUGAUGAAGCAGCAAAAUCUCAGUCUGAUGGAACUUCUUCAUCACUUUUUCCCAGAAAUAAGAAAACUAGAAUCAAUAGACUGUGACUCCUACAAAGUGGUGUUGAUCUUUGAUGGUCUGGAUGAGUGUCGACUUCCUCUAAAUUUCCAGAAGAAUGAGAGAUUGUGUGAUGUGACAGAGUCAGCCUCAGUGGAUGUGCUGCUGACGAACCUCAUCAAGGGGAAUCUGCUUCCCUCUGCUCUCCUCUGGAUAACCACAAGACCAGGAGCAGCCAAUCAGAUCCCUCCUGAGUGUGUAGACCAGGUAACAGAGGUACGAGGCUUCAGUGAUCCUCAGAAGGAGGAGUACUUCAGGAAGAGGAUCAGUGACCAGAGCCUGGCCAAUAAAAUCAUCACACACCUGAAGUCUUCAAGGAGCCUCUACAUCAUGUGCCACAUCCCAGUCUUCUGCUGGAUCUCAGCCACUGUUCUAGAGAGAAUGUUGGGUGAAGCAGAGGGUGGAGAGAUCCCCAAGACUCUGACUCAAAUGUUCACACACUUCCUGAUCUUUCAGAUCAAACACAAGGACCAAAAGUACCAUCAGAAAUGUGACCCUGUUCCUCAGCAGACCAGAGAGAUUAUCAUGGCACUGGGAAAACUGGCUUUCCACCAGCUGGAGAAAGGAAACCUGAUCUUCUAUGAGGAAGACCUGAGAGAGUGUGGCAUUGAUGUCAGAGAAGUGUCAGUGUACUCAGGAGUGUGUACCCAGAUCUUCAGAGAGGAGUCUGGGCUUCACCUGGGGAAGGUGUUCAGCUUCGUACAUCUGAGUGUUCAGGAGUUUCUGGCUGCUUUAUACACAUUUCUGUAUUUCAUCUCAAAAAAGAGAAAUGUGUUAGUUAAGAAAGAUCAUAAAAGUUUAAUCAGAAAUCCAAACAUGUCUGAUCUCCUCAGGAGUGCAGUGGACAAGGCCUUACAGAAUGAGAAUGGACACCUGGACCUGUUCCUCCGCUUCCUUCUGGGUCUCUCAGAGACCAAUCAAACUCUUUUACGAGACUUAAUGCCACAGACAGGAAGCAGAUCUCACAGCAAACAGGAAAUAGUGGAGUACAUCAAGGAGAAGAUCAGGGAGAAUCCAUCUCCAGAGAAAUCCAUCAAUCUGUUCCAUUGUCUGAAUGAACUGAAUGAUCAUUCUCUAGUGCAGGAAGUACAAACUUACCUGAACAGAGGAGAUUACAGAUGUCUCAGAGGAACCAGUCUCUCUCCUGCUCAGUGGUCAGCUCUGGUGUUUGUGUUACUGACCUCAGAACAGGAGCUGGAUGUGUUUGAAUUGAGGAAAUAUAAUCGAUCACAUGAAUGUCUUCUGAGGCUGCUGCCAGUAGUCAAAGCCUCCAGAAAAGCUUUUCUGCGUCUCUGUAAUCUGACAGAGGAAAGCUGUAGAGUUCUGUCCUCAGUUCUCAGCUCAAACUCCUCCAGACUGAGAGAACUGGACCUGAGAUACAAUAAACUGCAGGAUUCAGGAGUGAAGCUGCUCUCUAAUGGACUGAAGGAUCCACACUGUACACUGGAGAUACUGAGUCUGCGUGAGUGUAAUCUGACAGAGGAAAGCUGUAGAGUUCUGUCCUCAGUUCUCAGCUCAAACUCCUCCAGUCUGAGAGAACUGGACCUGAGUUGCAAUAAACUGCAGGAUUCAGGAGUGAAGCUGCUCUCUGAUGGACUGAAGGAUCCACACUGUACACUGGAGAUACUGAGUCUGUGUUGGUGUAAUCUGACAGAGGAAAGCUGUAGAGUUCUGUCCUCAGUUCUCAGCUCAAACUCCUCCAGUCUGACAGAACUGGACCUGAGUAAGAAUAAACUGCAGGAUUCAGGAGUGAAGCUGCUCUCCGAUGGGCUGAAGGAUCCACACUGUACACUGGAGAUACUGAGGAUGUUUAACUGCAGUAUUACAGAUGAAGGUUGUGCUGCUCUGGCUUCAGCUCUGAGGUCAAACUCCUCAUCACACCUGAGAGAACUGGAUCUGUACUAUAAUAAUCCAGGAGAAUCAGGAGUGAAGCUGCUCUCUGAUCUACUGAAGGAUCCACACUGUAAACUGGAGACACUACACAUUAAUGAUAAGACACUCAGCAGGUCUGGUGUAGGACAGGAGUCUCUCCUCAGACCUUUUUUCCAGGAUAAAGCAGUUAUGGUGGUGAAGCUUUAGAACACGUCCCACAUUUCCAGCAGUUUGGGAGCUGAAUCAUUCAUAUUCAGAUGUAGAAGAU